AGAGCGCGUGUGAGCGGGCGAUUUUGGUGAUGAAUCGGUGUGGUUUAUUUUUUCACAAUUUUGUAUGCUAAAAUAUCGGAAAACGAAGAAAUUGGUGCUCAUUGUUCCGGACAAUACCGGAUUCCGGUAUUCACAAGUUUCGUUAACUAGUGUAGUUAAGCGUGGAAGAAAAUCAGGGAAGGCUACGUAACAAGUAUAUUCCGACGAAGCGAACUGGGACGAACAACUUUGGGCUGGAGUGGAAGUCUGGUGGCAGUGGCCCCACUAGGACGCACAGGAGGACCAGCAUUGACUACCGUAGUGGCGAGGAAUCAGUGACACCUGAACGGAGCUCUAGAGUUUGGAUGUUCUUGCGUAUUUUCUUCCGUUGCUGUAACGAUCAAGAAAUGAAUACGCUGAAUAAGUCUGCUGGACCGACUGAGAACGGAGGAGUGCACAACGAGCGGUUGGUCAUCCUCGACGCCGGGGCACAAUAUGGAAAGGUUAUCGAUAGGAAAGUCCGCGAACUGAAAGUUAAAUCCGAAAUUCUGCCGCUGGAUACUCCUGCCCAGAAGCUCAAAGAACAAGGCUUUAAAGCGAUUAUCAUUUCCGGUGGGCCAAACUCCGUGUACGCCGAUGAUGCUCCGCAUUAUGAUCCGGAUAUUUUCAAAAUAGGAUUGCCUAUUCUAGGUAUUUGCUAUGGUAUGCAUAUUAUGAACAAGGAGUUCGGUGGCACUGCACACAAGAAGGACAUCCGCGAAGAUGGCGAACAUAGCAUCGAAGUGGAAGCAUCUUGUCCCCUGUUCAAAGGCCUUACCCAAGUGCAAACGGUACUGUUGACACAUGGGGAUAGCCUGGACCAGGUUGGUGAUAAAGUGAAGGUGUGCGCGUAUUCCUCUAACAGGAUUGUAGCUGGUAUCUACAAUGAACAGUUGCGAAUCUAUGGCGUUCAGUUUCAUCCAGAGGUGGAUCUAACGGUUAACGGCAAACAGAUGCUGUCGAAUUUUCUGUACGACAUCUGUGGCUUCUCGCAAAGUUUCACCAUCCACAACCGUGAGGAGGAGUGCAUCGCUUACAUUAGGGAACGUGCUGGAAAUAAUAAAGUGUUGAUGUUAGUUAGUGGCGGCGUCGAUUCCUCGGUUUGCGCAGCCCUUCUUCGAACUGCCUUAAAGCCGGAACAAGUUAUUGCUGUUCAUAUUGAUAAUGGUUUUAUGCGUAAAAACGAAAGCUCUGCAGUAGAGAAAUCGCUCCGUGAGCUUGGAGUUGACCUGCUGGUGAAGGACGCGUUGUAUCAAUUCACCCGAGGCAGCACUACAAUAAAGGUUCCCGGCUCGCUCUACAACCAGGACACGCCAAUGUUGUGUCAAACGACCAGCCCCGAAGACAAGCGUAAAAUCAUCGGUGACGUGUUUGUCAAAGUAUCGAACGAAAUCAUCAAAGAUUUGAACCUGAAUGCGGAAGAAGUAUUCCUAGCGCAGGGUACACUUCGGCCAGAUCUUAUCGAAUCGGCCUCCUCGUUGGUCAGUGCAAAGGCGGACACAAUCAAAACUCAUCACAACGAUACGGAAUUGAUUCGGCAGCUGCGCGAGGCUGGACGAGUGAUUGAACCACUCCAGGACUUCCACAAGGACGAAGUACGGCUGCUUGGGUAUGAACUGGGACUUCCAGCACAUGUAGUUGAACGACAUCCGUUCCCCGGUCCUGGUUUGGCCAUUCGGGUGCUUUGCGCGGAAGAGGCUUACAUGAAGGAUUAUUCAGAAACACAGGUCAUAGCUAAAGUUAUAGUGGACUACAAGAAAAAAUUGGAACAGAAUCAUGCUCUGCUGAAUCGUGUAUCCGGAACGACGUCGAAGGAGGAACAGGAGGAGCUUUGCCGCAUUUCCAGUAGCAUUAAGCUAAAUGCUACUCUACUGCCAAUUCGAAGCGUUGGAGUUCAAGGUGACAAACGCUCGUACAACUACGCGGUGGGUCUCAGCAGCAAGGAUCAACCCAACUGGCAGGACAUGAUGUUCUUAGCCAAAUUGAUCCCCCGAAUCUUGCAUAAUGUGAACCGAGUGUGCUACAUCUUUGGCGACGCUGUAAAGUAUCCGGUGCAGGAUAUCACUCACACCCUACUGACACAGAAUGUGAUAGCGCAGAUUCGACAAGCAGACAGUAUCGCCAACAGGAUCCUGCUCGAGAACGAGUGCAUGCGGAAAAUCUCGCAAAUGCCAGUCGUUCUGAUACCGGUGCACUUCGAUCGGGAUCCAGCGCCAAAGACGCCAUCCUGUCAGCGGUCAGUCGUGCUAAGACCGUUCAUCACCAACGACUUCAUGACUGGACUGCCAGCCGUGCCCGGAACGGACCGAUUGCCAAUGCAAGUUCUGCAAAAAAUGGUCGACGAAAUCAGCAGCCUAAGUGGCAUUUCGCGAGUUCUACUGGAUCUGACUUCGAAGCCACCGGGCACGACCGAGUGGGAAUGAUUCCCCCAAACAGUGACACGACGUUUACUGCAGCCACUACCACCACCAUCCAUAUUUGCAUCAUUAGCAUCAUGAAGAGCAUCGUCACCCCGCUGUCGUCGUUAUCGUCACCCUGCUGUGGCUGCUGGAUCCAAUUGAGCCAUCGCUGCCCGCUAUUGUAGUGGUAUCAUCUUAAAGAAA